AUGGAUCCUGGAUGGCAACCCUAUCAGGAUCCCCUGAUGGGUCGUCCCGCGCAGUUCAAUAGCGGAUUGGCUGCCCAUCCCCAGCAACUAGGCUCGAAGUACGGUCAGCCACCACAGUCACAGCCCCCCGUCGGAUACACAUAUGAGACAUUUCAAACUCCUGGCACUACCUCCAAGGCCCCCUCGACCGGUCCAAACUCCAAGCCGGUAUCGAUGGCGUCGUCUCCUACUGCCACGCCACGUACUCGGGAUUAUGUCACCGAUGCCGACACCACCAUGGAAGAUGCAGACCCCUACAACCGCGCCAAGUACCCAUCGAGACCGAAUCAUCACAGUCGCGCGUCGUCUCAAUUCCUCAACCAGGCUGAAGAGUCUUCCGCCGCUCGCAGAUACUCACCUAUGAACGUUCUGUCGCCGCCGAUGUCAUACCCUACCAGUCCCGGGAAGCAGGGCUCCUACUUCUCACCCUCGGCUCAGAGUCAGUCGCGACGGUCGCCCGGUCGAGCGGGAGAAUAUUCAUCGCCGCCGCAAGGAUAUCAAUCGCCGCCAUCGAACCGCGCCCCGAGACUUCCCCCACUCCAAUCCGGCGAUCUCAGCCCCGAUCCAUAUUACCCAUCGUCCGCUUCCUCUCAUUUGGGCAGUGCGUUCGCUCCCGGGACUCGAUCCCCUCGAUCGGGUUCUCUUCCUUCUCAGGUUCCGGGCCGAGGGCCAGUUCCCAAGUUCCAGAAGAUCAAAUCGGUGCAAGAUCUCCAGCCACGAGUCCAUGCUCAACCGGCGUAUCGGCGUGCGAACCCAGAGGGCGGUUUCAUCAGCCCACUUCAUGCUCUGACAAGCCACCUCCCAUCGACGUAUCGCAUUUGCAAUCCAAACUUCAACUACGAAUCAUCCAGAAACCCGCGACGUGUUUUGACGAAGCCUAGUAAGGGCACGAAGAACGACGGAUAUGAUAACGAGGACAGUGACUACAUUCUAUAUGUCAACGAUAUUCUAGGCAGUGAGGAGGCCGGCCACAAAAACCGAUACCUUAUCCUUGACGUCCUCGGUCAAGGAACCUUUGGUCAAGUUGUCAAAUGUCAAAAUCUGAAGACUCAAGAAGUCGUGGCCGUUAAGGUCAUCAAAAACAAGACAGCAUACUUCAACCAGAGUAUGAUGGAGGUUUCUGUCUUGGAUCUGUUGAAUAGUAAAUAUGAUAAGAACGACGACCACCAUCUCCUUCGUUUGAAGGACACCUUCAUCCACCGCCAGCAUCUUUGUCUUGCAUUCGAAUUACUCAGCGUUAACUUAUAUGAACUCAUCAAGCAAAACCAAUUCCGAGGAUUGAGCACAACUCUCGUCCGUGUCUUCGCGCAGCAAUUGCUGAACGCGCUGAGUCUCUUGAACAAAGCUCAUCUAAUCCAUUGCGAUCUGAAACCCGAAAACAUUUUGCUGAAGAAUCUUGAGAGCCCAAUCAUCAAAGUCAUUGAUUUUGGCUCCGCAUGCGAUGAACGUCAAACAGUGUACACGUAUAUUCAAUCCCGAUUCUACCGUUCACCUGAAGUUUUACUCGGCUUACCAUACUCAUCUGCAAUCGAUAUGUGGUCCCUUGGAUGUAUUGUUGUCGAGCUUUUUUUGGGUUUGCCGCUUUUCCCCGGCUCUUCUGAAUACAAUCAAGUUUGCCGUAUAGUGGAGAUGAUGGGAUUGCCUCCAGCAUGGAUGUUGGAGAUGGGUAAACAAUCUGGCGAGUUCUUCGAGAAGACACAGGAUGAGUUUGGCCGAAAGACGUAUCGCCUAAAGAGUUUGGAACAGUACUCACGAGAACACAACACCAAGGAACAGCCCAGCAAGAAGUAUUUCUCGGCUUCGACAUUGGAAGAGAUUAUUCGAAGCUACCCUAUGCCGAGGAAGAAUAUGAAGCAAGCCGAGGUCGAGCGAGAAUUGAACAACCGAGUAGCAUUCAUCGAUUUUGUCCGCGGCCUGUUAUCAAUCAACCCCCUUGAGCGGUGGUCACCUCAGCAAGCCAAGCUGCACCCAUUUAUAACCCAGCAGAAGUUCACUGGACCUUUCAUGCCCCCGAUGAACUUGAAGUAUUCGUCUCUCAACAAGACCGUUGCUCCCGGCGUUCAACAGCAACAGCAAGCUGAAGCCGCCAGUAAACAAAGAGCAGCCCAAGCAGCCCAAGCCCAGACACAGUACACAAUGCAAAUGAACCCAUACCAACAGGCACCACCACCAGCCCACGCCCAGCCUCCUCCCCCUCCUCCCAUGUAUAACGGGAUGUACCAACAGGGUGCAGCAGCGGCACCACCGCCUUAUCCCACACAACCUCCUGGUUAUGGGCAUCAAAUGGGCAUGUUACCCCAGGCUGCUACUGGACAAAUGCCACCUCAGCCCCAAUAUGGUUCUGGACAGAGUCUCUAUGCUCAAGCUACAACACGGGCAGGCCGUCAACGUGCCUCAACUAUGGAUCCCCAGGGUGGAGGUAUUCCCCCUACUAUCCAGCGCGUUGCAAGCCAUCUGGACCCCAACGCCCCGAUCCGGUUACAACCUAGCCCUGCUUACUAUCCACCUCCCCCGGAUGGAUAUGUUGAUGCCAACGCCCAGCGACGCCGCGGUAGCCGUGCAGGUGGCAACGGCAACGGAAAUGCUAAUGCCCAACGAAACCGAGAUUUUAUCCGCACGCUUGAGGAUGGGGCCCUGGGUGAAAGUUAUAUGGGACAAAACCCGUGGCACUAA